UACCCUCACCAGGUUGAGUUACACGGGAUGCUGCCGUAAUGCCGCAUGCGACAGAUGACUGAACGGGCAGCUCAAUGAAAACCUUUCCAGAGCAGACUGGCUUAGCAACCUCAGAAUUUCUUUUUGGUUUCUUUUGAUAAUGAAGAAGGAAAAUAGUUUUGCUUUUAACUAUGACUUCUCAGGAAGAGGUACAAGAGACAAGUCCCACUACUGGAAGUCUUGAAAUCAUCUCUGUUACAGACGACGAACCACCAGUGUCAGAAAUUGAGUUUUCCUUCAAAAGAUUUUUUUGCAUACCACAAGCAAAAGUGGACCCCACUGCAGAUGGAUCUGGAGAUAUCGAACCACCUUCUGUGUGCCAUGUUCUUCUCUCUCUAAAAUACUUCCCAUAUAUCUGUGGCUUAUUCCUUGCAGUAAUCCUAGCAGUUGCCAUUGGCCUGGGUGUCCAAUACAACUGCAUUGGGAAGUUUCGCUGCCGAUCAUCCUUUAAGUGUAUCCAGAAAUCAGCCAGGUGCAAUGGUGUCUUCAACUGUAAAGAAGGGGAGGAUGAGUACGGAUGUGUCAGGUUGAGUGGCAAGAAAGCAGUGCUGCAGGUGUUCACUUCUGGGUCCUGGCGAACGGUCUGCUCUGAUGACUGGAAAGAAGAGUAUGGAAAUACUACCUGCAAACACCUGGGUUUCUCAAGUUAUGUGAGUUCAGGUUACCUGCCCGUGGCUGCAGUUGAAAAACAGUUUCAAAGACAUUUUGUAUCCCUCAGCCACUGGUUAUCAGCUGAUCAAGUGACAUCCCUGCACAAUGCAACAAACCUCAGAGAGGAAUGUACUUCUGGGAAUGUGAUCAUCUUAAAGUGUUUGGCGUGCGGGACACGGGCCAGCUAUGGGCCACGGAUUGUGGGGGGCAAUGCAUCCUCCCCCCGGCAAUGGCCCUGGCAGGUCAGCCUGCAGUUUCACGGACACCACCUCUGCGGAGGGUCCGUCAUCACCCCACGCUGGAUCAUCACAGCUGCCCACUGCGUCUACGACCUUUACUUGCCGAGCUCGUGGAGUGUGCAGGUUGGUUUUGUGACUCAUCAAGACACCCAGGUUCACCCAUAUUCAGUGGAAAAAAUUAUAUACCAUCGAAAUUACAAACCCAAGACAAUGGGAAAUGAUAUAGCACUGAUGAAACUGGCAGCACCACUUGCUCUCAAUGGUCACAUAGAGCCAAUUUGUCUGCCUAACUUUGGCGAACACUUCCCAGCAGGGAAAAUGUGUUGGAUAUCAGGAUGGGGAGCAACUGUAGAAGGAGGUGAUACAUCUGACACCAUGAAUUAUGCAGGUGUUCCUCUGAUUUCUAAUGCAAUUUGCAAUCACAGGGAUGUCUACGGUGGAAUCAUAACUUCUUCAAUGCUUUGUGCUGGUUUCCUAAAGGGAGGGGUAGACACCUGCCAGGGAGAUAGUGGGGGCCCUUUAGCAUGUGAAGAUAUGAGCAUCUGGAAGUUGGUGGGGACCACCAGCUUUGGAGUGGGCUGUGCAGAAAAGAACAAGCCAGGCGUCUACAGCCGAACCACCUCCUUCCUGGACUGGAUCCAUGAACAGAUGGAGAGAGAAGAACUGCAGACCUGAGGAGAAUGGCAGCGUGCUGGGCUUCUGAAAACCCACAUCAUGCUUUGGCCCCAUAGAAGGACCCACCACACUCUUCUGGACACCUGCUCUGAGCUUUGUACCUUCACAGACUACUUUUUACUAUUUCCUAUUGGUAUUGGUAACUGUACUUACUGAAAACUGUUGCACAUUUAGCCUCUUUUGGAUGGAAGAGGCAGCUGGGUGCAGGAUGAUGGGCAUGUGUAUUUACUGUCAGCUACACGUGUAGAAAAAGUGCUAAGACUGAUAACGUGGGAAGCUAUCACAAUGAAGUUUUGCAGGCACCAUGAGUAAAAGACUAAAGCAACUUCAGAUCAGGUUGCUAGCUAUUAUUUUAGUACUUACCUUCCAAGAACCAGAGACAAAAAGACUUUUUUCCUGAAAGUAUUCAUAUAUAAAGUCCAUGCUCUGUUGCACCACCAGAAGCAGCUUGCUUUGAAGUCAUAAAGCAGGCAGGAAGCAAGCAGUUGGCAAUUUUGGCAAGCAUUUGGCAAGUAUGUUCAAUUCUUGUUAGGAAAAAUCCCUGGAUUCAAAUCUUACAUCGUGUGGCUGUGAACAAAGUCCUUAAAAACUGAAUUCUUAGGUCUGUUCUUGUGGUAAAUAGCUCUGAAAUGAGCUACACACAGGUUGUAACUUUACUGAAAAAUUCUGAGAUUACUGAACAGUCUGAAAGCGAAAAGGAGCUUCUUUACUGCCUUUCAAUAAGCUAGAGAGUCAAAAUCAUUGCUGUAUCUAUGAUGCACCAUGCGGCGCAACAGCCAUUGAAUAUCCCCAAGCUCACAUCAUGUAGUGCAGUUCACCAAGGCACUCGUGCUCAGUCACCUUCCCUGUUUUCCCUCCCUUUCUCUGCAGACAGGGCAAUACAGAAUCUGCCCUCUUUGCAUCUAUUAGUGGCAUCAGUGGUGUUGAUGAACAGAUGCCAGCCAGGCAAGGGGCAAAACAUCUGAGGUGCCGCUGUGGUUUCCUGUUUUACAAGCCAUUUUAACAUAACAGCCUUGUGUUGUUAGGUUGGAAAACACCUGAUCAUUUUGCACUUGCCCUUAUUAAAAAUCCUGGAAUGAAAGUUGUUUCUUUUAGAUUGAUUGCCAGGAACUAGGUAGGGUGAAUAAUGGAUAAUAUUGUCAGAACUUUUUGAUAUCAGCCCAAAUCGAUCUUAUAAUCUGAUCAAGUGCUGCUGAUCUGCUUGAAAUAUGGUUCUGGAUGCAGUCUGUAUGCUUCUACAUCAGUAUCUGCAUCACCACUGUUAUCUACCACUGCCACAAGAAAGCGCUAGUGGAACUGGAAUUGCAUUCUCACUGCAAUGUGUCGGGUCAAAACCUGGACAGCAGGACAGCAAACCUGCAUGAACUGUCAACCUCCACGUUGCUCUGUGGACACAAACUUUGAUCUCAGAGGACAUUGCAUCAAUACCUUUCACCCUAGCUAAAGAAACUGCAGUGCAGUGGAAACAGCACUUCCAAAAAUAUCAUGUUGUUAAAAAGAAGAGGGAAGGAUUAUUGCAAAGAUGACACGAAAGCUGAAAUGAAAUGGAAAAUUUCAACUUGACAGAACCUUGACAAAAUUAAAACAAAGUAUGUUGAACCCUUGUGUAACUAGGACAAUUUCAGAAGAGUUCUAAUGUUCACUGUUUGUUAUCAUAACAUUUUCACAUCCCCAGCAUGGCCCAUGUUUUAGUAUUAUCAGCAGUCUGGAGAUGAGAGCACUGCUCUCUGAGCUUAUGGAGUUAUUUGGUAUUUCAGAAAGGAUCCAUGAAAUUUCCUUUUGAACUCCUAUUUUCAUAAAAAGACUGUACAAUAAGUAUCCAUUGUGGUCUGCCUUUAUAUUAAAGACAAAUUCGAUGUAAAAUGUAGAAAGCUAGCAAAGUCUUCCCAACAAGAAGUCACUUUGACCCCCAGGUCAAUGACAGUCACUUAUGGGCAGACCUAGCUUAGCUCAGUCAAAUCUUUCUUCUGAUUUCUUUUAUGCCUCUUGCUGUGGUGUCUUAGGUACAGGCAGAAUACAAGAGUCACUCUCUAAAGCUGGAUUUUCCUCCCUCAAUUUAUGCCAUUAAUAUGCAUGCCAGGAGUUUUAAAGGAAAUCUAAGUACAAUAUUAGCAGAUUUCUUUGUGUUAACUCAGGUGAAGGUACAUGAGGUUUUGAGAAAUUUGCUGUGGGAAGGUUUUUGUACAGAAUGAGCAUUGCUUUUUUGCUUUAUUCAGAGAGGUGGAAUUGAUGAGCUGGUCUUUACUGGUACUCAGUAUUACAGCUGGAAUGAACUGGUAGACAGUAAAGAAGCUUUUCAAAGAGGCUAUAUGACAGGUUACCAAGCUUUUCCUUUUCCUUGGAUUUUCUUCUCUCUAUUCAAGGAAAAUAAUUGGCUACACUCCAUAUGCACGUACAGAGGCCCACCAAACUAGGUGGGGCUGAAGGCAGCUCUAGUUUAGCUAAUCCUGAUUAGGCGUUUCAUGAUAAACACCUUGGAAGAAUUUAAGAUCUUUAUACAGAGGAGUGCAUAUCUACUACAUUAUUAAAAAGGCUGAUGAAACAGCUUCUAGCCUGUGAACUCAGAUCACUAGUCAAUAAUGGUUGCUUUAACAAAGGAUUAUGUUACAGCCAUAGUAUCCCUUAGAAAUACAACCUGCUUGUAUGCACAGCUUGUGGAGAAAACUCGCAUCAACAUGUAACAGACUCUCAGAAAACGAAUCCAAUGUAUAACUUCACAAGAGAUGUCCAGCAUGUGAAGAAAAAGUCCUUUGCUGUUCGUCACCUGUUCCUGUUAUCACGAUAGUUAAGUCUGGAAACUGAGACAAAUAAGUUUGAAUGAAUCAGAUGUGACUUACUCAAUAUGCAGUUUCCCCAGACACUCUGAAAAGCAUCAGAUGGAUAAACUCUCCUUUGGCCAAUCUGAAAUUCAUUUUUUUCCACUUGAGAUGUACAAAUAAGAAGGUGAUUUCUGCAAAGAUACAGAGAUAAGCAUAAAAAAAAAAAGUUUAAAUUUGGUGUCUGAGAAAGCCAGAGUGUUUUCUGAGAGGUGGCAUGUUGCUGAUAUGUUAAUGCGUCCUGCACCAGGAAGCAAUCACUGCGCAGAGGUGGGGAUGCCACGCAGCUCUGCUCGUAGGGACUGUUUCACAGGCAAAAUUCAUAUAGGUCUGUAAAUGCAAAUUCAAGAACUGUACAUUAAACUUAA